CGAGAGAGCAACACAGCGUUCAGGCGCGCUCCAGCCGAAGCGACACUGGUGCCACCUUGCUUUCACCGCGCUGUUUGGCCAGCCCGGGCAGCCCCGCGGCGCGCCGGCCACGCGCACGAUCGGUUUCCAGCCGCGCCCACCACCAGGAGCCUUGUGUGGCACCCACCACACGCCGGCCGCAGCUCGACCGCUCAAUCCCAGCUCGGCCAGGAAGGCGCAGCCGACCAGGAAGGCCCUUGUGCCGGGCGGGCGAUGGUGGGCCUCCCUGUGGCAGCCCUCGCGGUCCUCGCGGCGCCCGUCGGCGGUCGGUCGCACAAGCCGCAGGGCGUGCUCCUCUGGGCCGAGGGCCGCUCGGCCACGGACACGUUCUGCGAAACACUAAAAAGGACCGUCUCCCUCAAAUACUGCAACGGCCACGAGGAGAGCUUCAGCCCAUCUAAAAACCGCCCGCCAUUGACGCGAAAGAAUCUAGGGAAGUGCUCCCGAAAGAAUCAAUUAUUAGCGCACGUCAAGCCGUCCCAUCUACGGGAGGACACGGACCUCGCGACGCCCGAACUGUUGAUGGGGGCCGCCAGGGGCCUCGGCUUCGGCGUCGUCGUGGCCGACUUCCGGCAAAACCAGCUCGCGCGCGAAGUGUCGUCCUUCGAGCGCGACGUCAGCCGGAGACGGGUUCCUAGGGACGCCGCGUCCGACCGAUUCUGCGGGGGCGGGGUCAAGGCGGGCUUCGCGGCCAACGAAACCUUCUGGCGGCGGGGCGUCGACGCCGCGCGGGCCGCGCAUCUUAGGGUCGUCGAGGUCGCGUUUCGGGACAUCGUCUCAAAUGUCUGUGGGACCGUGGACCGCGUCACGCGGUCGCUGGCGCAGUGCUCUUCUCCAAACUGCGUCUGUCGAGCGGACGGCUACGCGAAGCAUCUGACUGGAAGGCCGCGGGGCGAGGGCCUCGCCGGGCGCACGUCGCCCGCGGCGGCGGACUGCCUCCGGCGGGAAUUUGAAGGGGACCCGCGCUACGCGUGGAUGCUGAACCUGAGCCGCGUCGUCCCGCCGUGACUCGUUCCGGGC